AUAUAUGUAUUUUUUUUAUUUGUUGCAGCUUUUGAACAUGUUGAAGUUUUAUGCGAGAUUUGAAAUAAGUGACGAGACAGGUGACCCUAUGACCGACCGGGAUAUGACUCUAUCUCAUUAUUCUAGGAUAACGUCUUUACAGAAGGCCGCUUUUUCAAAAUUUCCCGAUCUACGUUUGUUUGCAUUAGCAAAUGUUGCUAGUGUCGAUACGAGGGAGUCGUUACAAAAACAUUUUGGAAAUCUAAGUGAAAAUGCUCUACGUGCCAUCGCUACAUACUUGAAUCUAGUACCACCGGAGGGUAAAGAAGGUGAUGCACCAUGGCAUCGAGUCGACAAAGAAUUUCUGAAGGAAUUACUGAUUUCUCGACACGAGCGUCGCAUAUCACAGCUAGAAGAGCUGAAUUCCAUGCCCUUAUACCCGACGGAAGAAGUUAUUUGGGAUGAAAAUGUAGUCCCUACUGAAAUCUAUAGCGGCGAGAAUUGCCUGGCACUACCUAAGCUGAACCUGCAGUUUCUUACGCUGCACGACUACUUAUUGAGAAAUUUCAACCUCUUCCGUUUGGAGAGCACUUACGAAAUUCGUCAAGAUAUUGAAGACGCCGUUUAUCGUCUCGCCCCAUGGCGUGCUGAAGAUGGGAGUGUAUAUUUUGGUGGUUGGGCCAGGAUGGCACAUCCGAUAUCAAGUUUCGCAGUUGUAGAGGUCGCGAAACCUAACAUAGGGGAGAAAGCACCCUCCUGUGUCAGAGCUGACGUCACGGUCACACUCAGUGUAAGGAAUGAAAUAAAACACGAAUGGGAAAGCUUGAGGAAGCAUGACGUCUGCUUCCUGAUCACAGUGAGACCAACACAAGGCAUCGGUACUAAGUACGAUUAUAGAAAGAGUAUGGUGGAGCAGGCUGGUAUCGUGUUCGUCAGGGGUUGUGAGGUGGAAGGUAUGCUCGACGCUUCCGGUAGAGUCAUAGAGGAGGGCCCUGAACCGAGACCAGAGCUAGAGGGAGACGCAAGAACAUUCCGUCUUCUUCUUGAUCCUAACCAGUACAGACUCGAUCUGGAUAACGCCAGCAAGGGAAACGAGGACGUGUAUGAAACUCUGAAUAUAGUAAUGAGACGUAAACCAAAGGAGAACAACUUCAAAGCUGUGUUGGAAACCAUUCGGGAGCUGAUGAACACGGAGUGUGUGGUGCCGGAGUGGCUUCACGACAUCGUGCUAGGGUACGGGGACCCGGGCCAGGCGCAUUACACCAGAAUGCCGAACGAAAUUCCGACCCUGGAUUUCAAUGACACGUUUUUGGACAUGGAACAUUUGAGGAACAGUUUUCCAGGAUACGAAAUUAAGGUGCAGACUGAUGAUCCCAGGAAACUUGUCAGACCUUUCAAGGUGACAUUCGAGAAUGUUCUUCGGAAACAAAAGCAGGGUGAGGAUGCCAUGGAUGAGGACGAGCCGCGGAAGGUGAUCCUGGUAGAGCCGCACGUGCAGCCCAAGAGAGGACCCUACCUAUGCAACGAACCGAAGAAAAACUCCAUACCAUUUACACCGACACAAGUGGAAGCGAUCCGUUCCGGUAUGCAGCCGGGUUUGACUCUCGUGGUCGGGCCUCCAGGAACAGGUAAAACGGACGUAGCGGUGCAGAUAAUAUCCAACCUGUACCACAACUUCCCGUGGCAGCGCAACCUGGUGGUGACCCACAGUAACCAGGCCCUCAACCAGCUCUUCGAGAAGGUGGCCGAGCUGGACGUGGAUGAACGGCAUCUGUUGCGUCUUGGGCAUGGAGAGGAGGCCCUGCAGACGGAUAAAGACUUCUCCAGAUACGGGAGAGUGAACUACGUGCUGGCCAAGCGUCUAGAGUUGUUGGAGCUGGUGGGGCGGCUGCAGAGCACCCUGGACGCGGGCGAAGAUGCCGGCGCGACCUGCGAGCUGGCGCACCACUUCCAUGUGUACCACGUGCGGCCGCGCUGGGAGACCUUCCUCAGCAAAUGUGCUCAGGACCAGACUAAAUCAGUAGAUACGGUGAGCAAGGAGUUCCCAUUCCACGAGUUCUUCGAAGACGCUCCUAAACCUUUGUUCCCCGGGAAGACUUAUGACGAAGAUAUGGAAGUUGCUAGAAGCUGUUACAGGUACAUUGACCAUAUAUUUGAAGAACUGGAAGAAUUUCGGGCUUUCGAACUUCUACGAUCAGGAUUAGAUAGAUCCAAAUAUCUUUUGGUAAAGGAAGCGAAAAUCAUAGCCAUGACAUGUACCCAUGCCGCUUUGAAACGAUCCGAACUCGUGCAAAUGGGUUUCAAAUACGACAACAUAUUGAUGGAGGAGUCAGCUCAGAUCCUCGAAAUUGAGACGUUCAUUCCGUUGCUCCUGCAAAAUCCCCAAGACGGUCGCUCCAGGCUGAAGCGGUGGAUUAUGAUAGGAGACCACCACCAGCUGCCACCCGUCGUCAAGAACAUGGCCUUCCAGAAGUACUGCAACAUGGAACAGAGUCUGUUCACCAGGAUGGUUCGGCUCGGCGUGCCCUAUGUCGAGUUGGAUGCCCAAGGAAGAGCGAGACCAAGUAUCUGCAACCUAUACCGGUGGAGAUACCUGGCUCUGGGCGACCUGGGCCACGUGACCCGCCUGCCGGAGUACCGCGCCGCGAACGCUGGUCUGCGCUACGACUUCCAACUCGUCAACGUCGACGACUUCAAUGGAGCCGGUGAGACGGAACCGAGCCCCUAUUUCUAUCAGAAUCUAGCGGAAGCAGAGUACGUGGUGGCCGUAUUCAUGUACAUGAGGCUUGUGGGAUGGCCAGCUGACCGUAUCUCCAUCCUGACUACAUAUAAUGGGCAGAAACAUCUCAUACGCGACGUCAUCGACAAGCGAUGUGCUGAAAACCCACUGAUUGGACGCCCUCAUAAGGUGACCACGGUAGACAAGUACCAAGGUCAGCAGAACGACAUCGCAUUAGUUUCGUUAGUGCGGACCCGCGCCGUGGGCCACGUGCGCGACCUCCGACGUCUGAUCGUGGCCGCCUCCAGGGCCCGACUGGGGCUCUACAUAUUCGCCAGAGCGAACCUGUUCAGGAACUGCUUCGAACUACAACCCACUUUCAAUCAGCUGGUAGAGCGUCCCUUGGAGCUGGAGCUGGUGCCGGGCGAGCGCUGGCCCGCGCAGCGCGGCGCAUGCGCAGUGGUCCCGGACGCCAUGACACUGCGCGUGCGCGACAUGCCGCACAUGGCGCAGUACGUGUACGACAUGUACCUGGACAGGGUGCGCCAGUGCAAGGACCAGUAUGAGCGAUCACAAAGCAGUUGGUCCGCGCCGGGAUCUGCGCGUGCGUCCCGACCUGCGCACGCGCCGCCCGCGCAACACGCGCACCCGGGAGCUAACGACAGCGACGACGACGAGCCGACCAACACGAGCGACGCGACCGCUCCGGCCGCCGCCUUCCAACCUACUGAUAUUGUCAACGAAAUAGAAGAAACACCCGCUGAAACUUAAUUUUAAGUAAAUAGUGAAAUAAAUAAAGAUUUUUCAUUGAA